ACUAAUAAGUGAGCUUAGCCAAGACGCCGCCGGUUGAGAGAGCUGAUACUCGCUAGCUUAUACGCCCGGAACCAAUAAAAUUAUGAUCAACGAUGGUAGGUAAACUGGUACGAAUACGGCAAUCGACUUCUAGCGCCAGCUACCAUCCUACCAAAAUGAUAACCGAAUUAUACGUCAGCUUCAAGCGAACUCAGCAUCCUUCGCAUCCUUUGCCACACGAUAAACACUCCCACCGGUAUCCUCAUCACUAUCAGCAUCCAGUGCGACUUCGUGGCGGUGGCAACCCGAGUUCCAGCCGCACCACCUCUUCUAACACUACUACUGCUAGUAAUUAUUUAACGAAAUUCCUGAUUUUAUUGUUCCUAUCUAUCUGUGAUAACUGGGCGUCCAGAACGCUAACCCCAGCAGAGGCCGCAGCCGCUACCAUAGUCAGUAGUACCGGCAGCAGCAGCAGUACCACCGUUCCCAUUCUAGCCACUAGUAUCAGUAGCAGCACUCAACUUACCAGUAGUAGUAUUUACCACACUCAAGUGGACCGCGGUGUGUCGGAAGAUAGUGAAAGUGAUACCACGGAACCAGAAACGUCGGCAUCGGCGGCGGCGGUGACGUUCAAUCGCACCAAGCUGCAGGAGAUCGUCAUGGAGGGGCUCGGGCUGAGCGUGAUUCCCGACGUCAGAAUGAUGAAUAUCAGUCAGCAGGAGUAUGAAACCAAAUAUCGAGAGUACCUGGAACGAGUCAAUCGGCGGAGCAAUCAGCGGCGAUUGCUACUGCAAGGACAAGAUGAGACUGACGAUCUGGAUGAGGAUGACGAGGACGAGCAUCCUCUAGUCGAAACGAGGCAUCUCUACAGCUUCCCCAAUUCAGGUCACAAACUGAAUCACCAGAAUCUUAGGCGCAAGCGAUCAUUGAACAACAACUACGACCUGGUCUAUAUCCGUUUUGAUAUACCAACCAGGAACAGAACCACCGGUGAACUUGCCGAGCUCGAAUCGCCUUCGUUUUUCAAAGGUGCGUCAGACGAGCAGCAUCAGCAGCAGCAGCAGGAGCAUCACCAUCACCACCACCACCACCAUCGUCAUCAUCAGACCCUUUCGGAGUUGCCCCCAAUCUCACCAGAGAACAUCGAAGAAUCAUCACUAAACAUAAUGUUAACCAGAAGACAAAACAGCGAACGUAGCGCAAACGGGCAUAGUAAACAUCAACAAACACAUCUGACACCGUCGUCGGCGAUCAAUGAGGACUCGAAGCAGCAGCAUCCCGCGCAUCACGGCCGACGCAAGGGAAGAGUCAAAUUCAAGCACAACAACCAGAAUGGCGUCGAUGAAGGCGGCAGCUCGAAAACUGCCACCGGUCACAUUUCUGGAAAGAGUAUUACUUUACAUAUCUACCAACUGGUGGAACCCUACGAACGACAUCUAUUGACAUCGAAAUCCAUCCACGUGUCUGAUAUUGCACUCAACGAUAAGAAAUGGUACCAACUACCGCUAGACGAAGCCGUACGCACGUGGCUCGACGGCACUCGCAAGAAUCUCGGACUGGAAAUCUACUGCGAAAGUUGUUACAGCAACAACAUCUUCGUGAUUCAUGAUUCAUCUCCAUUUUUCGGCAGCUACGACGAAACACCGGUGCUCAACGUAGUAGGAAAACUGGUCCAACGUGAAAAACGAUCCAAGGUACGGCGCUAUCGGCCCAUAAUGCGUGAUUACCUAUCCCCACCUAAAUCAACCUCGUGUACACCGAACAACAAACGCUGCUGUCGGCAUCCGUUGCUGGUUGACUUUCGGGAUAUCGAUGGCUAUGACUUUAUCAUUCAACCGAAAAUAUUCGACGCCGGCUUCUGCCGAGGUCGCUGUCCAUUGAAGUUCAAUUCCGCUAGUCAUCAUGCACUAAUCCAAAGUCUGUUGCACGAACAUUUCAAAUACGACGUUCCGAAGCCAUGCUGUGCGCCGUCCCGGUUGGAUCACGUCGAUUUCUUGCAUGCCGAUCCGAAAAACCCUCAACGAUUACAGGUGUCCACCUGGAGCGACAUGCGCGUCACAGAAUGUGCUUGUUCGUGAUCUGUUUACUGUCCGCAAUCGACCCCCGAAAAGGCCAAGUAUGGACCGACAUUUGCAUUUAACGCCGGCUUAGGCCUGGUUUAAACAGACAGAAAACGAUAGUAUUAUUCAACACGACAAACAAAACGAGUGUGUUUUUGUAGAGCAUCUAGCUAAUACGAUUCCAAGAAACAGAAAACCAAAACUUACGCCGAUAGAUGCAAUCCUAAGGAAGAAGCUAAUUUUCUGUCAGGAUUGAAUUAUGACUAACAUACGAUAAAUUUGACAUGAACUUACCCGUGCGUUAGUUCUUAAUUUGUUAGAUAGUGAAAGAGAGAAAUAUGCAGGUUGUAUUAUGCUUCAAUCAUCAAAGUUCCCUGAUUCUAGUUUAGUUUAUAUUGUCAUCAUAUUUAUAAAAUAUUUAUUUGUAGAAAGUAUACGGAGGAACUUUUAGGUAAAAUUAUAAGUAAACUGUAGCACAUAUACGCACAUACAGAAGUACGCUCUAUUCUCUCCAAAACUCGAAAACUCAACUCUCAGCCAAAGGAAAACAAUGAAGCAAAACUUUAUUAUUUCUAUUAAGCAUUGUAGAAGU